UCUGCUUCUCUUUUUCUAAAAUUUGUUUGUCCAUAAACCCUAAUCACAACUUCUUCUUCUAUGUCCUUUUAUCAAUUUCUUUACAUCGUAAUCAUAUCAGUUUAAUCCCAUCUGUAAACAUUCUUUCAUUCUUUAAUUGAUUCAGUGUUGUUGUAAUAAUAAUGAAAAGAAAACCAGCUACGAUUGUCAUCAGAUUAUUACCUCAUAUGUUCACAAACUCUCAAUCAAAUCUGAAUUCUAUUUACAUUAAUUUCUUCAAUAAAGUUCAGACCUUUAGAACUGUUGCUGCUGAAAGAAUUGAUUAUCAAACUCAAUCAAGUAAUAGUGGUUCAGAGGGAGGAGGAGAUUUUCAGCAGACUACAGCUGCUGGGUUUCACACACCAAAUCCUUACAGAGGUAAUCCUAAUGACAAUAAUCAACUUCAGAAUAAUGGGUUCUGUAAAAAUGAGUUGAACAAGAACCCAAAUUCUUCAUAUUUUCAGAGUAAUCAUAAUACGAAUUUUCAACACAACCCUAGUGAGUCUCAUCCUAAGGUACAGAACAUAAAUCCUAAUGGGUUUAAUCCAAUUGAUUUCCAGCAUAAUGCUAAUGUAUGUUACACUUAUAAUUCGAGAGGUUUGGAACAGAAUCUAGAUGGUCAUUAUAGAGAGAAUUCUACUCCACACAGUCCGAAUGAGUCCUCGUACAGAGAACAUUUGCAGAAACCAAAUGGGUAUAAAAAGGAAACGGAAGUUUGGGGAUUUCAACAGAACCAAAAUGGAUUGCGUUCGCAGAUGAAUAACGUUCAUUCUCAAUCAUCCGUGAAUAAUGUGGAAUCUGAAAGUGAGGUGAAGUGUAAUGGUAUCUUUGAGGAGAUGGAUAGUUUCUGUAAAGAUGGUAAUGUGAAGGAAGCUAUGAGGGUAAUGAACUUGUUAUAUCAACAAGGUAUUGAGAUUGGUUUGUUCCAGUAUUGUCAUUUGAUGAAGGUUAUUGGGGAAGUUGUUGCUAAAGAAGAGGCAAAAUUGAUUCAUAACCAUCUCCUGAAGACAAAGCUCUCUUCGGAAACUACCAUACAAAAUAAGGUAUUAGACAUGUAUUUGAAAUGUGGCUUAGUGUCUGAUGCUCAUGAUUUGUUUGGAAAAAUACCUGCUCGAAAUCUGACAUCUUGGGACACCAUGAUAGUUGGUCUGGCAGAUAAUGGAUACGGAGAAGACGCAAUUGAUGUGUUCACUGAAUUCAAGGAGGCUGGAGGAAGACCCGAUGGCCAAAUGUUUCUUGGGGUUUUUUACGCUUGUAGUACUCUUUGUGAUAUUACUGAAGGAAUGUUGCACUUUGAGUCGAUGAGUAAAGUUUUUGGUAUUGCACCCUCCAUGGAUCAUUAUGUGGGUGUUGUGAAAAUGUUGGAAAGUACAGGAUACUUAGAUGAGGCUUUCGAGUUCAUUGAAAAUAUGCCAGUUGAACCAAGUAUCGAUGUUUGGGAAACUUUGAUGAAUCUUUGCAGAAUUCAUGGGAACCUGGAAACUGGGGACCUUUGUGAGAGUAUCGUUGCUCUCUUAGAUCCCUCACGGUUAAAUGUCGAAUCGAAGGCAGGUCUUGUGCCAGUGGACCCCUCUGAUUAUGUAAUAACCGAGAAGAAAAAAAUGUAUCUAGAUCAGGAACCAUUAGGAUUAGUUAGUAACGUUAAACAGUAUAUGGCAGGCGAUACAUCCCACCCUGAUAAUGACAUAAUAUAUGCCCAUUUGAGGAUGCUGAGUGUGCAUAUGAAAGAGUCUGGUUAUAUACCAGAGGUUAGAUGCGCAUUGCAUGAUGUAGAUGAUGAAAGUAAAGCUACAUCACUUCUCGGACACAGUGAAAAAUUGGCUUGUGUUGCUGGUCUCUUAAGUACCCCUGCUCGCAGCCGCAUGCGAAUAAUCAAGAAUCUUAGAGUCUGUGUGGAUUGCCAUAAUGCAUUGAAGUUUAUCUCAAAGAUUGUUGGAAGGCAUAUCAUUGCUCGCGAUGCCAAGCGGUUUCACCAUUUUGAAGAUGGGGUGUGUAACUGCAACGAAUUCUGGUAAAGCGGUAGUAAGGCUUUUGAAGGUUUUGGUGAUGAUCUAAUCCUCUACAUCUGUUGUUAUGUGCAAAUCUAUCACAGAAGAGAAAAGAAGAAGAAACUGAAGAAUGGUGGUACAACAUGAGGUGCAUGAAGCCUGACAACAUUUAUUGACAACAUUUAUACACGCUUUCUUUAAUGGACGAAGGAAUGAUGUAGGGCAGGCUGAGUAUGCUCACCCAACUAUUUCAUUGGUGAGAUUUAAAGUGCAGAGAGAAAGCGAUGCCGCAAAAGGGCUGUUGUGGCUUUUUCAAGUGUUUAAAGCAGGAGAAAUUCCAUGAAAAGAGCAAGGAUGAUAUGAUAUGAUUUGUUUUUCUUCAAUAUCUGACAUGUUUCGAAUGGUUGAUAAAUCUAGCUGAAAUGCAGAGGUUUGAGGAAGCAGCAAAGGCUUUCUACUAAGGUGUUCAACUAGAUCCUGACAGCAAGGAGCUUGCAAUUGAUUUCAGGCCAUUAUCAUCCACUGUUUUUACCUCAGCCUUUUCUUUAUGGUAACGAAUUUGGUAGUUAUGUUGAAAGAAUGUCUAGUUCUGUAUUAUUUUAAAUGCGGAUUGGGAUUCUGGAGUUACUCAGAUCAUUUUGAGUAAUGCGGAACUGCUUGAAUAUUCUACAUCUGUAUUUUUGAAGCAAAUUGCUACAUUCUGUAUACAGAUAUGUACUCCCUCUGUUCCUAAAUAAUAGGUUGGUUUCUA